UUGGGUGGCGGUGCUGCGGCUGCUGGAGCGGGAGUCGUCCCAUCAUCAUUCCCGGCCCUCUCCCUCCCUCCUCCGCCGCCACCACCACCGCCUCCACCGCCUCCACCGCCGCCGCCGCCGCCGGCCGAAUCAAAGGCAACACCCCAGAAGAACCGCCUCCACAUUGCUGGGCUCGUGCCGUUAGCUCUGUCCCUGACCUUCGCCUUCAACUCACCUGCACCGUCCCUGGCCAUCCCUUCCCUCAGCUCUCCCUUUGCUUCCCCUUCCCCUUCGCCUUCCCUGCCCACCACCCCUUUCUCUCAGUCCAAGGACCUCCCUUUGGGUCUCCAGGACGAUGGGAAAAUCAGGCCUUGCCCCUCUGUCAAUCCGGGUUGCAUAUCUUCCAACCCAAAGUCCUCCUCUUUCGCCUUCCCCUGGAGUAUCCCCGGGUCUUCCUCCGGCGACCCCCUCCUGAAGUUAAAAGAAGCCAUCCUUCAAACCCAGAAAAAUCCCAAGUUUGUGGUCAUUGAAGAUACCCCUUACGGCCAAUAUUUGCAAGCUGAGGUUGAUGGAGGAUUCGGCCGGGAUGUGUUGGAGUUCCUGGUAAGAGGAGAUGUGGUUGCUUACAGGUGUAUGGCCGCUAAAGUAACCUAUGUCUACCCCUUCACUACCGCUUUGGGGGAUUCAAAGGGGCAAGAAGAAAGAUUGAAGAAUAUUGCGGACCAGUUGGGAUGGUAUGCUCCCAGUUUUGAUUCCAUGGAUUAGGAGAUUCCAAGAGAUAGUUCAAACCAAUUUUUUCUUGUCCCGCUCUGUGUGUGGGAUCAAUAUCGAGUCAACUAAAUACUCUCUCUGCACAUCCUUGUUCAUGUUUAAUUUGUUGUGUCUAUGCUUCCAAGGCAGGGCACAUCCUGAGCUCAAUUAUACGAUUUUAAAGGUAGUACUUUUAUUUUCGCCCUCAGGGAGAAGUUGCCUCCUC